AUGUUUGUGUCACUUCCGAUUCCGGACAGCUUUGUGAUGGAUCCGCUGGCGCCGACUGCGCUUGCAGUUCCAUCGGACAUUAUGAAUCGUAUUGGUAGUGGAUUGACUUUACUCAGAGACCACGGGAAGAAGGUUCAAAAGUACUUUUUGAAGAACAGAAAAUUUGAUGUUCUGAAGAAAUCAUGGAAAUCCCAAGUAAAUAUCGUUCUUGUAGAAGCCAAAGACUUGCCGAGUGAUAUUCCGUCCAAUCAAAAUGGCCUUUACUGCAAGUUUAAGCUAGGUAGCGAAUCUCAGAAGUCAAAACAAGUGUUAAAAUCGAAGCCGAUAUGGCGGGAGAGAUUCAAUCUUUAUAUGUAUGAGGAUACAAAUUUGGAAGUCAAAGUGUGGCACAAGGGAAAACAAAAGACGUUUAUUGGCAGAUGUGUCAUCGAUCUCUCCCAUCUUGAGCGGGAGAAAACUCACGAACUUUGGCAAGAGCUGGAAUAUGGACGUGGAAGUCUGCACAUGCUUAUAACGUUAAGCGGUUCCGAGAGAUGUGUAUCAACGGAUUGUGUACCGUACACUAAUGGCGUGCAACAUCCCGUAGAUGAAAAAUUUUCCUGGUAUCAUCUUGAAAACAACUGGAAUGAAGUGGGCCGAUUAUCUGUCACCGUACACGGCGCAAGGGGGUUGGGUUCACUUGGUAUCAAUGGUAACAUAGACGCCUACUGCGUUUUGGAGAUAGACAACGCUAGGGUUCAGACUCAUGCGGUACACAGCACGUGCGAUCCGAAUUGGAAUAAAAAAUUCAUAUUCACAAUCAACGAUGUGACAUCAACAUUGGAGAUAACUGUUUACGAUGAAUCAAUAAUUCAGUCGAUGAAAGGAGAAACACUUGGCAAAAUAUCUAUACCGUUGUUAAGAAUAAUAAACAAUGAGAAAAAGUGGUAUGCUCUAAAAGAUCGAUCGAAAAAGAAUAGCGCUAAAGGAAAUUGUCCUCGGAUCCUUUUAGAGAUGUCUUUGGAAUGGAAUCCGAUAAAAGCGUCGCUACGGGUGUUAAGCCCAAAGGAGACCAAGUACAUUCAAAAAUCACCAAAGUUCAGCAUUCCUUUAAUCUACUACAAUUUAAAGUUCAUCAAAUCCGUAUUCGAUGGCAUUUAUAUAGGAAAUGAAUAUUUCAAGAGAACAUUUGAGUGGGAAAAUCGUGAAAAAUCAGCAUUGGCGCUAGGAGGUUGGUUGCUGUUCUGGUACUAUUUCCGAGUGUGGAUGACACCACUUCUUUUAGUCUUACCAUUCAUUCCUUACUGGGCUGCAUAUCGAAGUAAUAACUGUACUCCGCUACCCCCUACUCAAUCCGAUGAUGAACUAGCUGAAGAAGAUAUAGAAAUACAAAAGGACGAUAAAACAAUUAUGAAACGAUUAAAUGAGCUACAAGAUCUCACAUUCACUAUCAAAAAUAGCAUUGACUAUAUCGUUUCGCUGCUCGAGAGAAUAAGAAACCUGGUGAAUUUCAGUGUGCCGUAUUUAAGCUACUUAGCUAUAAUGGCGUUCAUAGCUGCAGCAAUAGCCUUUUAUCUAAUCCCUAUUAACUACAUAUUUAUGGCGUUAGGUAUAUACAAGUUUACACGCAAAGCUCUAAAUCCUGACAGAGUUCCAAAUAACGACAUAUUGGACUUCAUAUCCCGAGUUCCAGACAAUGAGAUUUUGAAACAGUGGCGAGAGCUAAAAGUGACUGUGAUAGAGUCCAGCCCGAGCAGAUCAAAUUCCAUGAAGCGUCGGUAG